UAUUAACACUUCGCUUGUUUGGCGUCAUUGUCGUGCUGACUUUCGCUGGAGUAAGUUGCAAAUUAUUGGGUGUGUGUAUGGAACGAUAUGGCGUUUGUGGAGAGAGGUUGGCGCUCGUUCCUGCGCACGGGCGACCCGGACCCUACGGCAUGGCGAGGCCGGAUGGCCGGGCAGCUGAUGACCUACGAUGCGUGCACAGACCCGAGGGCAUGGUGUCUCAGCGCAGCUGACAGGCGCCAGCAUCUUAUUGACAUCAUGCGCCGCGGCCCGGAAGAUCUUGGCAGCAUGCUACCGCUUCCGACAGAAACUGUUGUGAGAAGAGAGCCACCAGUGGAGAGAAGACGGCCAGAAGUUAAACCACCUCCACGGCCUAAAACUCCUCCAGUGAAGGAAGUAGUACAACCGAAAGAUGUUGGUGUUCCUCGCGUGGAGUUUACGGAGGAGGAGAAACCGGCAGUUACCGAAGGGGAAGUACCAAAGAUUAGUGACGAACAAACAGUAGAGGAAACUAAGGUGGAAGUGAAAGCAGAGAAAAGGGAGAUGGAAGUGAAAGCAGAGCCAGCUGUACCACAGAGAAGAACUAAAAAAGAGCAAGCCGAAGACUUUUGUGCGAACUUAACUGACCUAGCCAACGAGCUAGAAGGAGUGCUGGACACAAAGCAACCGUGUAUGCGUCUCUCUCGACUUCACGACAUUUGUUCAGAAUUGUCAAGAUUAGCUACUGAAUGCGAGAACCUGCAAGCUGAGAUGACAGACAGACAGAGCCAGGCUGAGGGUUUGGUGGAAGCUGCUCGUGCUGCUGCUGAUUAUGAUCUGCAGGAAGAGUUACUCGAAGACUAUGAUAAUUUCGAUUCCAUGAGGUUUAUAGUCGACAUAGCUCAGGUGCGAAUCAUGGAAGAGAAACUUAAUGCAAUGAGGAUAGAUAGCAUGGAAGAUGAUGCAGAAGAGACUGACGAAACGUGGGAACUACGAAAUAUUGUAGCACAACUAGAGAACAGGCUGGAGUUUACCCAAGAUGACAGCAGGAUGGGUGGUGGACUAGCAGAAGGCUUCUCGCAGACUGAUUAUGCGUCAGCUUCUCAGGAGUCUGAAGGUGGUGCUCCUUCGUAUGAAGUAACAGAACCUUCCGAGGGAAGUGUCUCAAGCCACGAGGAAUCGGGCUAUUAUUCCACUAUUCCAGAAAAACGAAGCCAUGAAGGAAAAGAGUGUGAAGAGCUACGAGGAAUAAUAGACAGUCUCCAGAGAAGGAUAGAAAUUCUUGAAUCAGAGAGGCAAGAUUAUCGUGGCGGUGACACAUAUGAGCAUGGAGAAUUAGCUAAUCUAAAAGAACAACUUCAGAAUCUUUCAGUAGAACGUGAUAAUCUUGUCUCUCAAUUAAACAAUUCCAGAAUAGAAGCAGAAACGUUGCAGCAAGAAAAGGCAAGCCUACUUAUUGAAGCCGAAGCGAUUCGCCAGGAUAUGGGAAACCUACAGACCGAACAUUUGGCGGCACUGGACUACAUAAAAUCACUAGAAGAGUCUACUGCAGAGUGUACAAUAUUGAAAGAGGAAAAUAAACGCUUUGAGGAUAAAUUACAGCAAAGCAAUCGAGAACAGGCCAAGCUGCACCAUGAGGUACACAGGCUUCGAUGCGCCAUUGGAGACAUGGAAGACGACCGAAAGCGCACACUGAACCAGCUCGAGCGGCUCUCACACGCAGCUGAAUGGGCAAAGGAAGCACAUGAAAGUUUGUUGGAAAAAGACUGCAAACUUGAAGCUCAAGAGCAAGAAAUAAACUAUCUUUUGAAUACUAUUGAUGACAUUUCAUCUGAAAUGGACAAAUGUAAGGAUAUUCAAGAGUGCCUGGAGAAAACGGAAGAUCAGCUUGAAGCCCAGGAAGAAGAGAUAAGUCGUCUGAUACAGAAAAUAGAAGAACUCUCAGCUGAAGUAGAAAAUUUGAAGGAUGCUAACCAAACUCUUGAGGCCAAAGAGAAAGAACUAAGAAGUCUGCAAGAGACACUUGAAAUGUUGUCAGUUGAAUGUGAUAGGUAUAAGGAAAUUGCUGAACAAGCCCAGAGGACAGCAGAUUCAAUGCAGGCAGACGAAAUGGGUGUGAAUGCUGAAAUUAUAGCUUUACAACAACAAAUUCUUUCUCUUACAGAAGCACUGGCAAAACAAAAAGAAGAAUCAGGAAAGCUACAGUCAGAAUUAAGUAAACUUAAAAGUACCAUGUCAAUUGUAGAAAUUACACAGAAGGAAGAAUCUCAUAAGUCUGUAUCAGCAAUAUCCCUAACAAGUCUUACAAGUUCAGAUAUGAGAGGUAUGCUAAUACAGGCACGCAGUGCAUUAUCAGUUGUAAUGAUGGAACUGGAAGAUUCAGCAAAAAAUAUGGAAAUUUUAGCAAAAAAGAACGAAAUCCUAAUGGCAGAAAAUGAGCAACUUAAACAAGAGCUCGAAACUCUUCAAGGAGGAGUCAGGUUAACAUUAACAGGCGUUGAAGUAGGUCAUGACAGAUCAGGAAAAGAAGAACUGUUACUUAAAAAGGAAGAAAAGAGAAUUAAGGAUGUAGAGGAUUAUUCAUCUGAUCAAGACCCACUAAAACAAAAGGGAGCUAAAGACUUGGAUCUCUUGCAUCAUCAGCUGAAAGCUUGUAAAAUGGAAAAUGAGCAGCUAUUGAGCUUAAUCUCUAAGCAAAAUGAUGAAAUUAUAGACCAGAGAAACACAUUGUUACAAUUAAGUGAAUUAAGAGUUCUUGAACUAGAAGGAAAGUCACUGGAAUCUGUGAAGGAAGAGGCACUUUUACUACAAAAUCAAUUGCAAGCUGAAAGGCUAAGAUUUCAGAGCAUGAGAGACUUUCUUUACAGGCUGCAAAUAAAUACUGAAAAUGUUGUGAAAGAAGCAGCACAGGCAGCAGUUAGUGAUGAUAGGCUUAAAAGAAUGGGAGAAGUUCAUUUGUUAGAAAAUCAGUAUAAAGCACAGAAGAUGGAAAGUGAAAAGUUAUGGAGGCUUAUUGCUAGCUUCAAAUCUGAUAUUGAAAAACUGAGGACUGUCUUGCCAGAUAACAUUAGUGAAGUAUCAACCACAAUUUGUGAGCAUGGUAGUACUUCAGAGGAAAUGCAAAAUUUGUGCAAUGAACUGAUUGCAGCUAAAGAAGAAAAUAAGAGACUUCAAGACAUUGUGGAUAAUCUCAGAAGAGGCAUUGACACACUGCAUCAUAAACUAUUAGAAAUAAAUAUUGAAAAUGAUCAUCUUCUGAUGCAGAAUCUGAGGAGUUCAUCCAUUCUCUCCUCUAGAAAGCAUGAAAACGAACAGCUAAAAGUUGAAGCGGAUGAUUUGGCGUCUAGAUUGACAAACUUUGUGACAGAUUAUCCAGAACAAACCAAGCUAUCUGCUGACACAGAUAGUAUUAAGGAACUGACUAAAGAACACUUAGGGAACAAACGUCAGAAGAGGAUAAGAAAUGCACAUUAUGCACAUGCUGUGCUGCUAAUGAGAAAAUAUUGA